ACGCCUCGCAUACCGGUCUAACCUGAUUCAACCCCAGUCCAGUAUCCCAUAAUGGCCUUCAGUUUCGGCUUCUCGGGUGACGAUAUAGAAGAAGAUCCAAACGAUGUGCAAGACCAAGGACAGCAGCCAGCAACCACGGACAGUGAUGUGCCACCACCGAUCCCGGCAAAGACACAUGAUCUAGAUGAAUUGCUAUCAACCCUGCCAGACAAGCUUUCCUACUCAACUGUCAGCAUAACAAGUCCCAAAGGCUUCACAGCCCGUCUUCCACGCCGCGAGCUCUUCGAUGUCCGCCUUCAGCUCAUGGCCGAAGACGAUGGAUCUUCUCAGACGCCCCUAACAGGUCUCGAUGACUCGGACCUCCGCCAAAACGUCUAUGAAGGCGGCUACAAGACUUGGGAAUGCAGUCUCGAUCUUGUCCGAUACCUCUUGGAUCGUGGUCCGCGGAAGGACCUCGAUGACCUGAUGCGCGUUGGACACGUUAUCGAGAUGGGCUGUGGCUCCGCACUUCCUUCUCUUCUCCUAUUCCAAUACGCAGUGAAAAAUCAACUUGGAAUUUACUUCACGCUGACAGAUUAUAACGCCGAUGUCAUGCGACUCGUUACUCUCCCCAAUCUACUCUUGACAUGGGUGAGUACACUGAGUGCUGGAGAUAGUCAAACGCUGUUCUCGGAAACUGGAAACCCGCUGUUGGAACAAGAGGAGAAUGGCGAGUUGUACAUCACUCCCGAGAUUCUCUCUGCUUUCAAGAGGGUAAUGAAUGAGACUGGAAUUACCAUGACAUUUAUUUCGGGAUCUUGGACACCGAUUGAUGCGCUUCUGGAGAUGGUUCCUUCGUCACCAGACUUGAAUACUUUCAUCCUUGGUUCCGAGACGAUCUACUCGCCGGCUUCGCUUACGGCGUUCACGGAUGCGAUCGUUGCGCUGAUGGGGCGGGUCAAGACAGGCAAGACUAUGGUGGCGGCGAAGAGAGUUUACUUUGGUGUUGGAGGUAGUGUGGAUGGAUUCAGGGAGGCUUGUGCACAGAGAGGAUGUGUGGCUUAUGAAAUGGAGUUUGAAGGAUUAGGGGAUGGUAGCGAUGGGGGCGUAAGGAGAUGUUUGGUCGAGGUGCAGAUGUACUGAAUUUGCAAACAAUGGAGUUUCAAUAAAGUCAUAAGCUAUGAAUGGCGUGGGUAUCUAGGCACAUACUAGGGGGAAAAGGAAGCCAAGAGACUAAAGACAAUCUCAUGAACGCCAUCAUGCCAUACCCAAGCACAAACGCAGAGUUAUCCAACCUUCUCAAUGCCGAGACAGUUCUACUACUUCGCCCUGACCGUGACCGUCGGUCCAGGCAGCUCUCUCCUGCCGUCAGAUUCCUCUC